AUGAGUCUUUCAUCGCGUGCGCUGUUAGCUCUAGCAGCCUUUUCUUCUCUAUCUCUCGCCAAGGAUGUCGGUUAUUUCGAGGCAUCCGCCUGUGCCGAUCCCAAAGCCUUUGAAACCUGCUACAAGAAUGUAGAUACCAACUACGCGAACUGCGCAAACAACAAUUGCGCCGGGGGAAGUCAAGCCUGCUACAACUCAUGCGGUGGAAACCAAUCUUGCAUGGACCAGAAUUGCCCUGGCUUGGGAAUGAAUUGCAUCAAUGCUUGUGAAUGUGAAAGGUCCGCUCUCAAGAUUGAUUGCGCAGGCCAGAGUUGUUGGAAUCAGGUCUACUCCUGCGAGUACCAAAAUACAGUCCUCGACUUCCUCAACGUCUGUACCAACCCCAACCAGGACGAGUCACCAUAUUAG